UUAACACAGUCCUGCAAACUUCUCUUUCUCAGACGGAACCAGCUGGAACAUUUUACUCUUAGGCUCACGUCGGGACCUGUGAGAGGACUUCAGCUGUAACUGGAACUAAAAAGAUGAGGUUUUCGUCCUUGCUGUUGUUUCCAGGGAUUUUUCUCUGUGCACUUUCCCCACUGACAAAGUGUGAAGAGCAGCGACUCCCCGAAGAGAAACUUCUGGUCGUUACAGUUGCAACCAAAGAGACAGAUGGCUUCAAGCGUUUCUUGAGCUCGGCUAAACACUUUAACUACACUGUCAAGGUUCUUGGUCGGGGUCAGAAAUGGAGAGGCGGCGACUACAUGUCAGCUCCAGGAGGAGGCCAGAAAGUGCGACUCCUCAAAGGGGCUCUGGAGGAGAUGAAGGAUAACGACAAAAUCAUCCUUUUUAUUGACAGCUAUGACGUGGUCUUCGCCUCGGGUCCCAAAGAACUUCUCAAAAAGUUCAAGCAGGCCAGACACAAGGUGGUCUUCUCCUCCGAGAGCCUGAUCUGGCCUGACAGACACCUGGAGGACAAACACCCACACGUCAGGGAGGGCAACCGGUUCCUGGGCUCAGGGGGUUUCAUUGGCUACCUUCCCAACAUUAAAGAAAUGGUUUCUGAUUGGUCGGGUGAAGACGAUGACAGUGAUCAGCUCUUCUUCACCAAGAUUUACAUUGAUCCAGCGAGAAAAAAAUCCAUAAAUAUCACAGUGGACAGCAAAUGCAGAUUGUUCCAGAACCUCCAUGGAGCCCUCGAUGAGGUGGUCCUCAAAUUUGAAGAUGGUCGGGUACGAGCCAGAAACGUGCUGUAUGACACCCUGCCUGUCAUCAUCCAUGGGAAUGGCCCAACAAAGCUCCAGAUCAACUACCUGGGUAACUACAUCCCCAACACAUGGACGUUCGAGAGUGGAUGCACAGUGUGUCAGGAGGAUCUCCGCCCUCUCACAGCUCUUAAGGAGAGUGAAUACCCACUGGUGGUGAUUGGCAUCUUCAUUCAGCAGCCUACCCCCUUUGUCACAGUGUUUUUUGAACGCCUACUGAAGCUGCAGUACCCCAAGAACAGACUCAAACUCUUCAUCUACAACCAGGAGGCUCAUCACGAGCGUCAGGUCAGCUCCUUCCUGCAGGAUCAUGGAAGCCUAUAUCAGGAUGUAAGGUUCAUCGGGCCUGAGGAAGACAUAGAGGAAGCUUCCUCCCGCAACCUGGGCUUUGAAAUGUGUCGGAAAGACGAGGACUGUGAGUACUUCUUCAGCGUGGACAUUGAAGUGGUCUUAAAGAACGAGAACACACUCAAAAUCCUCAUUGAACAGAACCUUCCCAUUGUAGCACCGAUGAUAACUCGGACUGGGCGACUGUGGAGUAACUUCUGGGGAGCCCUGAGUGCAGACAGCUACUACGCCCGGUCUGAGGACUACGUGGACAUAGUGCAAGGACGCAGAGUGGGUGUGUGGAACGUCCCGUAUGUGUCCAGUGUGUACCUGGUGAAGGCCAGCCUCCUCCGCUCCGAGCUCACCGACCACGACCUGUUUGACUCGCACAACUUAGACCCGGACAUGGCGUUCUGCCACCAAGCACGCAUCAAGGGAAUCUUCAUGUAUGUGACCAACCUGCACAAUUUUGGUCGUAUCCUGUCAACAGAAAACUACCAGACCGGCCAUCUUCACAAUGAUCUGUGGCAGAUCUUUGAAAACCCAGUGGACUGGCAGGAGCUCUACAUUCAUGAGAACUACACUCGCAUGAUGAAGGACAAGCUGGUUGAAACUCCUUGUCCCGAUGUGUACUGGUUCCCAAUUUUCUCUGAUGUUGCUUGUAACCACCUUAUUGAAGAAAUGGAGAACUUCGGGAAGUGGUCUGGAGGAGGCUCCGUGGACACCAGAAUCCAGGGCGGCUACGAGAACGUCCCCACCAUCGACAUCCACAUGAAUCAAAUUAACUUUGAGAAGGAAUGGCAUAAGUUCUUACUGGAGUUCAUAGCACCGAUAACAGAGAAAAUGUAUCCUGGUUACUACACCAAGUGUGCCACUCCCUUGAACUUUGUGGUGAGGUACAAACCUGACGAGCAGCCACUGCUCGUCCCUCACCAUGACGCCUCCACAUUCACUAUUAACAUAGCUCUCAACAGCAAAGGCGUUGACUACCAGGGUGGUGGAUGCAGGUUCCUGCGCUACAACUGCUCCAUUCAAGCUCCUCGUAAAGGCUGGGCCCUCAUGCAUCCCGGCCGCCUCACCCACUACCACGAAGGACUGCCAACCACCGGCGGGGUCCGGUACAUUGCAGUGUCCUUUGUGGAUCCCUGAACUCCCAAAGAUGGCACACCUCACCAGCUAGUCCAGACCAAACAGGACACACGCUGUCCACAUCCCUCAGCAUCACAGCUGCUCUUUAUCCUCUGAUCCGGAGUGGUGACCGCUUCUUUUUUCAUUAUAUCACUUCCUGAUAUUGUUUCUGUGUCACUUACAGAAUUAUAUGCAAUUUGUGACUCUGAUCAACUGCUAUCAGCAGCAGAACUUCAGUGCUCUAUGAUGUAAUGAGACAUAAAAUCACAGAUGCACAGUGGAAGAAGAACAUACAAAAUGUUAUCACCGAGUAUCAUGUCAUUCAAACCUUCACAGAUAGAAACACAAGCUCCUGUGACCAGCAGCCUGCAUGUGUCUUCUGUCAGAUACAGUUGUGUUUUCAGACCCAAUAGGCAUUAAGGGUUGUAAUCUGAAUGAGAGCAGAACUAGAGCUCAUUGAGCCUUUUUUCUUUUUGAAGAAGUGUUAAAUCUCCCUGAUGUAAUGUAAAUAUAUUGCAACACAAGUAUUUCACUUGGAUCAAUGUCCUUUAUGACAUUCAUUCAGAACAUUUUACAGGUCAGAGAUUAUAGGGCAGUUACUUCCAGUGAUGAAAGACAGGCAAGUAACAAAAGAGACUGUGCAGUUGCAUUAUAUGAAGUGUAGGUGUACAUGUGUAGGAGCAUAUAACUCAUCGAUGGCUAAAUAUCUCCGUGUUUGUAUUAUUGGCUCCUCCAGGGCCCCAUGAAAUCCCCGGUCAGACUGUGUGUGAGCUGGUUCAUUCAUGCUCCAUUAAAGCAUAUAGACAUGACAUGAUCCUGCUCUGUUGCCUAAUCCUAAAGACACUCCUUAAAAAAAAAACAGAGCUUCACUGUCUAUGUUCAGUUUUUAUUCUUCUUCGUUUCUUAAUGUUUUAACUUGAAUUGGUACAAAUCAGACCUGCACAGAAAACAAUGCAGGAUUGAACAUUUUCUUCAGCAAAAUCAUGUGACAGUUUCAGUUAUCGCCGUCAUCACACAUGGAGCCGCUCUGGUGCAGCUGUUUGGUUUAAAUCUAAAGCUCCUGUUUGGUCUGGAGGGUCUGGUGCGGAUCAGAAAUGAUCCUGUUGUGCCUUUAGCUCUCUCAGGAAUAAACAAGCUUCAACGUUUUUUAGAUGCUUUUGUAAAAACUUUUACUUCAUUAAGUUACACAAACUGUGCCUUUUUUCGGUAACCAAAGCAGUUUUUCUUUUAUUCUGUCUUGAACUGAGACACUCCAAAGCCUGUUACAGCUCUUAUUUAUUUUGUAUUGGAAUCAGAUAAUUUUUCAUCUAUUCACUGCUGUCAGUCAGCUGAGAAACACUCACACACCUUCUUGCUGUUACAAGCCAUCUCGCUGUUCUUUGAGCCCCACUCGAAUAAAACAGUGA